AUGUCUUCGAAUAAAAAUUUUCAAGUUUACAUAACUGGUGGUUUUGCUGCCAUCGGUGGUCUUCUUUUUGGCUAUGAUACAGGUGUUAUUUCAGGUGUCCUUACAAUGUCAGAUUUUCUUCUGGCAUUUGGAGGUACGACAAGUCUCAUACGUGGUUCAUUAACAAGUUCAAUAUCAGGUUCUAUUGUUGGUAUUAUGCUUGUUGGUUGUUUUCUUGGUGCACUUAUAGCAGGUCCAUCUGGUGAUCGUAUUUCACGAAAAUAUUCUAUUGUACUUUUUUCCUUAGUUUUUAUUAUAAGUGCUAUCUUACAAACAGCAUCAAAUAAUUUAUUUGUAUUACUUCUAUCACGUCUUGUUGCUGGAAUAUCAGUUGGAGCAUUAUCAAUGCUUGUACCUGUAUAUCAAUCUGAAAUAGCUACAAAAGAAAUUCGUGGACGACUUGUAUCACUUCAACAAUGGGCUAUAACAAUUGGUAUAGCAAUUAGUUUUUGGAUUAAUUAUAGUACUGAUAUUUAUUUUUUGGGUAGUAGUGCUGCAUGGCGUAUUCCAUUAGCAUUACAAAUUGUUCCUGCAUUAAUUCUUGCAAUUGGUAUUCUUUUUUUUCCAUUUUCACCUCGUUGGUUAAUGGUUCAAGGUCGUGAUAAUGAAGCAUUAGUUGCAUUAACUAAAAUUCGUUCAGCAUCAUCAUCCGUUGAUGUACUCGAUGAAUAUAAUGAUAUAAAAAAUGAAAUUGAAUUUGAACGUGAACAAUCAAUACAAUCUUAUUCACAAUUUCUUUAUCCACCACUUCGACGACGUUUAGUACUUGGUAUAAGUAUACAAAUUUUACAACAACUUACUGGAAUUAAUUCAAUUAUGUAUUAUGCACCAGAAAUUUUUAAACAAUCUGGUUUAAAUGAUCAACGUGCAUCAUUACUUGCAACUGGAAUAAACGGAUGUGUACUUAUUCUUGCAACUAUACCAGCUAUUCUAUUUAUUGAUAAAUUAGGACGACGUUUUGUAUUGAUUAGUGGUGCAAUUCUUAUGGCUUUAUCAAUGUUAAUCAUUGGUGGAACAAUGGGAGUUCAUGGAUAUACACAUUUUAAUGAAACAACAGGUGCUGUUCAAGUUAUUAUUCCAAAUCAAACAGCAUCCCAUGUUAUCAUAACAUUCGUGUAUAUAUUUGUUGCUUCAUUUGCAUUUAGUUGGGGACCAACUGCAUGGAUUUAUUGUACAGAAAUUUUUCCAUUAAGUAUGCGUUCGAAAGGUACAUCAUUGACAACAGCUGCUAAUUGGGCAACUAAUUGUAUAGUUUCAUUUCUUGUACCUUCCAUGCUUGAAAGUCUCACCUAUGGUACUUAUCUUAUAUUUGGUAUUCUAUGUGUUUUUAUGGGAAUUAUAAUAUAUUUAUUUUAUCCCGAAACAAAAGGAAAAAGUUUAGAAGAUAUGGAUCUUGUAUUUGGUCGAUCAGUAUUUGCUGUUAAAUCAAUUGGAAAAAAGAAGCAAAUGAAAUCUAUAGAUAGAAAUGGAAUUAGUACAAUUCAAACUUCUUCUCAUAAUGGACUUAAACGAAUUUAUUAUUUUUAA